CAUGCCAGUUCUGGUUUGAUAACUGUGACGAAGCUUAGCUAUCGAUAAAAACAGAAAGUAGUUUAUCCCUCCAAAAUGCUAUCACCGAUCUCUCUCUCUUCCUCCCUCACCACCGUUUCCGGACCGCAUCACUCUUUCAUCCUUAACACCGCUACUGCCACUACCACGCCUCUCAAUCUACGACUCUGUGGUCUGAGGCACGAGCCUUUAAUAUAAUCACCACAGUGCAAAUGGAGAUUUUAUCAUUAUAUGUUUACUGCAUACCUUAUUUGUGAAUCUUUGCAGGGUCCUCAAAAGGUGAAAGUUGGCUCUUCCAACAAUGUAUUAACUGCAAAAGACAUCAUCAUUGCCACUGGUUCUGUUCCUUUUGUUCCUAAGGGAAUUGAAGUUGAUGGGAAGACUGUGAUCACUAGUGACCAUGCACUCAAAUUGGAGACAGUUCCUGAUUGGAUAGCAAUUGUUGGAAGUGGUUAUAUUGGCCUUGAAUUCAGUGAUGUAUAUACAGCACUUGGAAGUGAGGUUACUUUUGUUGAAGCUUUAGAUCAGCUUAUGCCUGGAUUUGAUCCUGAAAUUAGCAAGUUGGCUCAGAGGGUUCUCAUAAAUCCCAGGAAUAUUGACUACCAUACUGGCGUUUUUGCAUCUAAGAUCACUCCUGCAAGAGAUGGAAAACCUGUAAUGAUAGAGCUCAUUGAUGCAAAGACCAAGGAACAAAAGGACACUUUAGAGGUGGAUGCUGCAUUAAUAGCAACUGGAAGGACUCCAUUCACACAAGGUCUUGGAUUGGAGAAUAUUGAUGUUGCAACACAGCGUGGGUUUGUUCCUGUGGAUGAGCGCAUGAAAGUAAUUGAUGCAAAUGGAAACCUGGUCCCUCAUUUAUAUUGUAUUGGCGAUGCAAAUGGCAAGAUGAUGCUUGCUCAUGCUGCCAGCGCACAAGGAAUUUCAGUGGUUGAACAAGUCACUGGAGAAGAUCAUAAGCUCAAUCAUUUAAGCAUACCAGCUGCUUGUUUCACUCACCCUGAAAUCAGCAUGGUUGGAUUGACAGAGCCUCAAGCAAGGGAGAAAGGUGAAAAGGAGGGGUUUGAUGUAAGUGUUGCUAAGACAAGUUUUAAAGCUAACACAAAAGCCUUAGCAGAGAACGAAGGAGAGGGUCUUGCCAAGUUAAUAUACAGACCUGACAAUGGAGAGAUACUAGGAGUUCAUAUUUUUGGGUUGCAUGCUGCAGAUCUCAUCCACGAGGCUUCCAAUGCAAUAGCAUUAGGGACACGUAUUCAGGAUAUUAAAUUUGCCGUUCAUGCACAUCCAACUUUGUCUGAGGUGCUUGAUGAGCUAUUUAAAUCAGCAAAGAUUAAACACAAGCUUCUGACCCAAUAAGCAAACCGGUUGCAGUCUAAUCUUGUUGCUUACAUGCAAUUUGCUUUUACAAGUUUCAAGAUAUUUCACAUCUUCAGAGGUGUAAUACAUCAGUGCAUCUAGAAUCCUUAAAGAAGGGAACAGUUUGAACUUUGAAGGAGCCCUGUCAAUUAUUUUAUAAUAUGGAUUGGCACGAGUUAUUAUUUUUGCGGCAUAUUGUUAUUGUCUGUCAAAGUCGCUCAUAUUCCUUCCUAAUUGUUUCCCUCUAGUUAUGUCUAAGAUGCUUCUAGUGGAGAGGCAUUUUGUAGUGGAUUUUAGAGUGCACGAAUUUGAAUCCAAUAUGUUGAGUACAAAUAGUUGUUACAACCAAGAUGUUGGGUACAGAUUAUUUUUCAGAGUGCAUGAGUUCUUCCACUAGAUGGAGCUUGAAAUUGCUUUUUGAUGAUAUAUUUAUUCUGUUUCCACGAUGUUAUUGCCAUAUUGAGAUUGGUCUUUCCAAUAAGAUGUUAGCUUGAGCUUA